AUGAUAUACAGAACUGAAUUUGUACCAGCUGCACCUGCUCUUCAAGGUACUUUUCAGGAGAGGUUGGAGGCUGUCAUCACUAAUGGGAAAUUCUCUGUCAAAAAGAUAUAUGUAGCACUACUCCCUCAGUGUCCAAGAGUUCCUUGGAACAGUAUUACUUUGCACCCUAAUGUGCAUCCAAGGCACACAUUUAUUGUGUGGCUUGCUCUGAUGAGAAGAUUGGCAACUGUGGAUAGACUAAUGAAAUUUAGUAUUUAUGUACAUAUAGACCCUCUCUGUGUCUUCUGUGGUGUGGCUACUGAGACCUUUUCCCAUCUAUUUUUUAACUGUGCUGCUGUUAGGACUGUUUGGCAAAAGGUCCUGUUGUGGCAAGGUUUUCAGAGGACAGUUGGUGCCUGGGAUACAGAAGUACAAUGGGUUGCAAGUUGGGCAAGGAAGAAAUCUGGACAGGGUGCUAGUGUAUGUUGCUCUUUUGCAAUGGUGGUAUAUGUUAUAUGGAGGGAAAUGAAUCAAAUGACAUUUCAGAAGGGACACAGACAGAGUUUGUAA